UUCGCCCGGCAGGCUGGGCGGUCUGCGCCGGCGCGCCUCCGGCCCCGCCCACGUGUGACGUCACGCGGCCGUUACGGCGCGCCGGCGUCUCGGCGCGCGUUUUAAAAACAGUUUCGGAGAGACGGCGGGCAAGAUGGGGCCUCCCUGCCCAGAGACCCGUGGACACCCCCACAGUACCUCCUCACCGUCCAAGCGGAUUUUCUCAAUGCCCCCGCCCAAGAAGGCCCCUCUCAACACUCCCGGCACCCCGGUUCUUGAGGACUUCCCUCAGAAUGAUGAUGAAAAGGAGCGUCUGCAGCGGAGGCGCUCCCGGGCCUUGGACCUGCAGUUCAGCACCGACUCGCCCCGCCUGCUGGCCUCCCCGUCCAGCCGGAAUGUUGAUCUUUCAGCUACGAUUCCUAAAUUUACAAACACACAGAUUACAGAGCAUUACUCCACCUGUAUCAAACUAUCCACUGAAAAUAAAAUCACCACCAAGAAUGCGUUUGGCUUGCACUUGAUUGAUUUCAUGUCAGAGAUUCUUAAACAGAAAGACACUGAACUGACCAACUUCAAAGUAGCUGCGGGCACUCUGGACGCCAGCACCAAGAUCUAUGCUGUGCGCGUGGAUGCCGUCCACGCUGACGUGUACAGAGUCCUUGGCGGGCUGGGCAAGGACGCACCGGCUCCGGAAGUGGAAGAGAGCCAUAGUGCAGAUGAAAGUGCAGCUGACCCGGGAACAACCAAAAAGGCUCCAAAGCCGAGGAAGAAGCACUCCCACCGAACCAUUGAGCAGAAUGUGAGCGCCCUGAACGUCUGUGAGGCCGAUCGGAAGUGUGAGAUUGACCCCAUGUUUCAGAAGACAGCAGCCUCGUUCGAUGAGUGCAGCACAGCCGGGGUGUUCCUCUCCACCCUCCACUGCCAGGACUACAGAAGCGAGCUGGUUUUCCCUUCCGACACCCAGGCGCUCCCCACUGCAUGGCCUCCUGAGAUGCAGGACCUGGGGCAGGUAGAAAUGACAGAUUUGAAAGCGCUCCUGCAGCACUGUGCGGAAGACCGUCAGAUCUGCCCUUCCCUGGCCGGCUUCCAGUUCACUAAAUGGGACAGCGAGACCCAUAACGAGUCUGUGUCGGCCCUGGUUGACAAGUUCAAGAAGAAUGACCAGGUGUUUGACAUCCACGCCGAGGUAGAGGACAGUGAUGGCAGAGACUCCCCUGACGGGCCUCUGGAGGAUGACUUCGAUGCCAACAGCGGACCCGACCUCACCGCCUCCGGGGAGCACACAGAGCUCAGGAGCUGGAGGGAGCCCACCCACGGCCAAAGCUGCCAGGAAGAGAUGAUCCCCCUGGGGGAUGCAGACAUCAGGACCAUGUGCCCCCUUCUCUCCAUGAAGCCUGGAGAAUAUUCCUAUUUCAGCCCCCGUACCAUGUCGCUGUGGGCGGGGCCGGAGCACUGGCGCUUCAGACCCCGACACAAACAAGAUGCUGCCUCGAAGUCAGAGAACAGAAAGAAGAGCACAAGGAAGGAAUUUGAGAUCUGCUUUGACGACGACAUCGACUUGGACCGCUAUUUUACAAAAGCGAAGGCUCCUACUAUCCUGACCAAGUCCACUUUGGAGAACCAGAGCUGGAGGGCCUCCACUCUCCCGACAGACUUCCAUUAUGAGACUGACGAUCUCGUCCGGCUGCACCUCAAACCGGGCACCAGGUUACUUAGGUCAGCUCGAGGCCAGAGGGAGGACACUGAGCAUUAUGAGGAAAUCGGGGACUAUGACUACAACAACCCCAACGACACCUCCAACUUCUGCCCUGGGUUACAGGCUGCUGACAGUGAUUGUGAAGAGUCGGAUGAUUUGUUUAUGGGGCCCGAUGGGAUCUCUGGGCUCACUGCUUGCCCUAGCGGUUCACCCCAGGUGACACAAGAGACCAAUGGCAUACCUCAUGUCCAAGGAACAGACGUCACCAGUUACAAGGAGUCAGACCUGGUAGCUGAGCCGCACAAGGUAAACAAAAUGGAAAUCCAUUAUGCCAAGACAGCCAAAAAGAUGGACAUGAAGAAGCUGAAGCAGAGCAUGUGGCGCCUGCUGACGGAGUUCUCCACGCCAGCCCGCGAGGCCAACCGCAGUGAGACCGGCAACGAAGGGGCCCCGGUGGAGGUGGCUGGUGACAAGGUGCUCAGCGGGCUAACCAGGGACCUGCAGAGGAGCCUGCCCCCCACCAUGGCUCAGAACCUCUCUGUACCCCUGGCCUUCGCCUGUCUCCUGCAUUUAGCCAAUGAGAAGAAUCUAAAGCUGCAAGGAACCGAGGACCUUUCUGAUGUUCUUGUGAUGCAAGGGGAUUGAGUUCGCUGGAAGAAGUCAGCAAAGGAGGCUCGUCACUUCCUCAUGGGGAAACAGGACACAGAGGCCGAGGAACCUGUGGGCGGCAGACAGCUGACUGUCGAGCGCUCGGCCUGGGACCAGGAAAUCUGCUUCUGGAGUCUGCUCAUAGCCACUGUGCCACGUGCUGCUCAGGUCGCAGGCUCAGUGCUCUCCUGAGGUGUUGGUCCGGGUGAGUCUGACCUGGCAGGUCCUGGGUUUCCACCAGUGUCCUGUCACCAUUCGUUUUGGAUGUUAGGUCAGAAGCCGUGAAGUCUAUAAUUGGUGAUUAGUCCUGAUAAUAAAAAACUUGCUCCUAACUCAGAAAACAAAAGGAAGAACAAGUAACCCCCACUCCCCAGGAGUGUGCUUCCUAAACUGUCCCACACAUCACCUGCUCUGCUCUGUUGCGAGGGUGAGACUUGUGGACAUGCCCCGUGACCGCCCACACCCGGCAGCACGUCUCUGGCCGGGGCUCCUGGGGGUGGGACCAGAGGUCUGCGCUCAGUCCUCUAUGGUGGGGGCUGGACGGGGGCUGAGUGGCCCAUAAAACUGGCCGGGGUGGUGCCAGCUUCCUCAGUGGCCUCCCUUGCCCACCACUCUGCCUCUCCCAAGCUUUCGCCCCCCCCCCAUUUACAUGGUUGCUGUGUCAGAAUUCAUUUGACUGCGUGCAAUAGAAAACCCAAAUAAGUGGGUUUGCAAGUAAGUGGGCUAGUGUGGCCGUUCUGUGAAAUCAUAAGACCAAGCAAGGAUCAUUCUAGCUCCUCUGCCAUCCCUCACACAGAGCGCUUAUCCUUGUGUUUCAGUGUGGCUUCUGGACUCCAGCCAUCAUCCAUAUUCGGCAGCUGGAUGAGGGGUUGGGGGAGAAGGCAACUACCCACCUACUUUCAGUCUAUAGAUUUGCCUUUUCUGGACGUUUCACAUAAAUGUAAUCGUGCAAUACGUGGUGACUGGCUCCUGCUGAGUACAGUGUUUUCGGGGCUUGAGCAGCGAGGGUCAGCACUUCAUUCCUUGUUACAGCUGAAUAAUGUUCCACUGUAUGGAUGGGCCACGUUUUGUGUAGCUAGUCCUCAGUUGCUUACAUGCCGCUUCCACUCUGGCUGUUGUGAAUAAUGGUGCUAGAAACAUUCACGCACGUCCAUUUACAUGGACAUGCU